UGUAGGAGCCGGUAGCAGAGGACCUGGAAGUUGUGAGCCCUACCGCGCUGUUUGGCGUGAGACCGGAUGGUUGAGAAGGCCACGGGACUGCCUUACCUCCGCCAUGUUCUGCAACAGAGCCAUGGAGAUGGUCCGCGAGUUGCAGCGCGCACCCCAAGGGCAGCUGCUGGCAUUCAAUGAGGAUGGACUCAGGCAGAUUCUGGAGGAGAUGAAAAAUUUAUAUGAACAAAACCAGUCUGAUGUUAAUGAAGCAAAGUCAGGUGGACGAAGUGAUUUGAUACCAACCAUCAAAUUUCGACAUUGUUCUUUGCUAAGAAACCGACGCUGCACUAUAGCAUACCUGUAUGACCGAUUGCUUCGGAUUAGAGCACUGAGGUGGGAAUAUGGCAGCGUUUUGCCAAAUGUUUUACGAUUUCACAUGUCUGCUGAAGAAGGGUCUCCAAACUCUGGGCUGAUGACCAGAACUGGUCCAUGGCCUGUUAGGAACUGGGCUGCACCACAGGAGAUUGAAUGGUUCAAUCAUUAUAAAAAGUCCCUUGCUACUUAUAUGAGAUCAUUGGGAGGAGAUGAAGGUUUGGAUAUUACACAGGAUAUGAAACCUCCCAAAAGCCUAUAUAUUGAAGUACGAUGUCUAAAAGACUUUGGAGAAUUUGAAGUUGAUGAUGGUACACCAGUGCUAUUAAAAAAAAAUAGCCAGCACUUUCUACCUCGGUGGAAAUGUGAACAGCUGAUUAGACAAGGCGUUCUGGAGCACAUUCUAUGGUAACCUCAUACUGAAGCCCUGCCAAGCUUCCCUGUGGUACGAGGCUGAAUCCCUCCAGACAAACUUCUACACUUCCUUCUCCACCCUGCCUUGUCCUAUCCCUCUUUGGUUUUAAAGGUUAUAGACAUUCUUUAAUAUAACCAGGAAUACUUGGCUGAGAAUGGUUUGUUUUUCUAUUGUAUAGGAUUCCUCCUCUUUUUUGUAAUCUGCAUCUAUAAUUAUAACAUUCCUAUAGUUACUGCAAUGUGUGUGUGUAUUUUGAAUGAAAGUAAAUAUUUAUUACUAUAAAUUUGAAUCUUUUAAACAAUAAGAGGGUUAUACUUGGCUAUUGCGAGAAAGUAGGUCCCUGUGCAUUUUGUUUUAUUUCUGGUAGUGUGCGUUGUGUAAGCCAGGGAGCUGAAUUCCUGGAAUAUGUGUUUCUAAAUCACAUGGGCAGGUAGAGAUGGUGGUUUAUAAAAGUUUUCAGUGUAUGUAAUGCUUAGUGACAAUUGCUGGGCUAUUUGGAAAGAAAAAGGAAGGACACAAUGAACCAGCCUAUUUCCAACAGUGGUGGCUUGCCUGGCUCUUGCCUGUCUGUGAGAGUACCAGUAUCACCGCUUUGGAACGGGAAAUAGAAAUUGGGGCUAGGAAAGAAACUUUGUAGUUUCCCCCAGAUUCCUAUUGACAGAAAAGUCACACGAACAGUUGGUUAGCUAAGUGGAGUGCAGUUUCUGUUUGAUGAACUAUGAAUGGUAGGAGUUGGAGAGGCACAGAGUGAAUCUUUUCACUGCCUGGUGGUCAGUGGCCUUUCCCUACUCUUAGUCCCCUCCAUUACCAGCCCAGGAAUCUGGAAGAGGCAUUCAAAUAUAAAAGACUAGAUAAACCUGGUACUUAGUACAUACUAUGCACACAGUUUUGUUUUUAUACAGGGGAAUGUUUCUGGCCAAAAUCAAGUUAUAGAGAGGCUUUACCUAGGAUGUGGAUCUGUAUGUUUUCAUAACAGAUCUACUUGUAGGCUGCCCUGUGCAGAUAUUUUCAUUAUUUAAAAUGAUUUCUCCCCUUAAUUUUGGUAGCCAGCUCAUAUUUUCAUCUAUAUCUCUGCUGAAUGUUCUAUAAACAGUGAAUGAGAUUGGUGAUAUUUCUAUGUUAAUUGUGGGUCUGCAGUCACUUUCCUUCUUUGUAUUUAUACCCAGAGCACAUGGAACCAUGCACACUGGUGAGCCCUAAAGUCCAUGUGAGUCAGCUGUGAGGAUAAAGAGCUAUGAAGACCACUACCAUGUUGCCAGCCCUCCAUCACACCUGAACUUAAAUGAUACAAUGUUCUUUUGUGUUUAAGUCCCCAAAUAAAAUGAUAAAAUAUAUCCCGUAUUUGAAAUGAAUGUAUAAUAUUUGAAAAUUUAAAAUUUUAUUUACUCUACUUAGAAUUGUGGCUAGAACUUUGAAGGUAAUACUUGGAUAUGUGUAGGUUAAAAAAAGGUAAAAAAUAAUGUAGCAAAUGAAAGCUCUCCUAAAUGUCACAAUCCCAUGUGCUUACUGUUAACUAGUUACAUUUGUAAAGUAUACCAUUUCUUUUUAGUGGUUUCCCAAUUAUUUUCUUUUUGUUCCUAGUAUGAAUGAAUUCUUUUUUGUAUUAUCUAACUGGCUUUGGCUGAUAUAUGUACAAAAGUUGCAAAUUAUGAUGACUUGGCUAGAUUUUGAUAUUUAUAUAAACUCAUUUCUUUUUCAUAUUGAUUUUGUUGAUUAGAACUUUUUUUAAUUGGUCUGGAAGUUUUGGAAAAAUGUUGACUGCUGCUGCUAAUAUGUGGCAGUUUAUCUUUUUCAUGACCUUAUUGGAAGCCACAGGCUCCUUUCUCAACCUCCCUAUCUCAUACUUCUCUAGGGGAAAUACCAAA